AAUACAAGAAAUAUUCAUUUUGACCACUCAGUAUUAACAGUUCACUCAAUUACAUAGGUAAUUGCUAAAUAGUUUCUGUCUGUUUCAUACAUUUGUGCUCGUGGGAAAAUAGAGUACGGCAGUACCGCCAAUUAAAUGGAGGAGAAUUUUCAGUGAAAUGACCGCAAAAAGUAGAAAUAGUUUAUCUAUCAAACUAAACUCAUUCAGAAAAGUAAACAAAGCGUUGCUUUUUGUGACAUUUACUUAUAACGUUCAAAGGCGUUUGUUGAAAAUGAGCUCUUGGAAGAAUGAUAAGGAAAUCGAAAUAUUUCGUGAAUAUCUGCGCAUCCCAAGUGUACAUCCAGACAUCGACUAUGCACCCGUCGUAGAAUUUCUGAGAAAACAAGCUGCCGACCUAGAGUUACCCAUUGAGGUUUAUCAGCCCGGUAGUCCCAGCAAACCAGCUGUUGUUAUAACAUGGGUGGGUGAGCAACCGGAACAACCAACAAUUAUGCUGAAUUCUCAUAUGGAUGUAGUACCAGUUUAUUCGGAAAAGUGGACCCAUCCACCAUUUGCUGCUGAUAUCGACAACGACGGACGGAUUUUCGCGCGAGGUACACAGGACAUGAAAUGUGUGGGCAUGCAGUAUUUGGCAGCUAUACGAAGGCUACGAAAAGACGGUGUCACCUUAAAACGUACCAUAC